UUUCUCUUCAGGUCUCUCCUCGGUGAAACAGAGGGAUUGGGGUGGGAGUUUCGAGCUUUUUCAACCCCCAGUGUGGAGUUGAAGCCGUCCCCGCGCCUCGCAUAGACACUCUGCAUAUCACAGGAUUUGGUCUCUCCUCUCCUCUCUCUUGUGCGGAGCUGCUGCAGGACUGGCUAUGGCCACCGCUACUUCCGGGAUCCGUCAUUUCAUUCGCCCACCGCUCAGCGCUGCGAACUGACUCUGUUUCUAUAAGCAAGCCAGCAGCCAACCUGCCAACACUCGCUGACACUCACUCAUCUCAGUCUCGCCAAGAUAGACGAAAUACCUACGGGGGGAAAGAAAAGGAGAGAUCCGAAUCGCGCUCUCUUAAUUUCUACACCUUUUUUUUUGCCUUCUUCUUCUUCUUUUUGUGCGGUGAUAAUAAAACAAGAUAGCGAUCUGGAGGCAUUAAAGGAGACGCGGACUUGCGGGAUGAAAACGGACUAAAAAAGAUUCGUCCUUCUCUUGAACAUCAUCACCAACCGUCAUUCAUUCAUUACCUUGACAACCUCUGGCUUUGAUUGACAGCUGGAGUGGCAAAAAGCCAUGAGACACGACAGUUUAGUUACAUGCAGGUUGUUGAUGGGCCGAUUGUAACCUUCACUUUGGCGCAUUUUUUUCUUUUCUUUUUCUUUUUUUUUCUCGAGGAAAGAAGGAAAACAAGAAAAAAUUGCUGCAAAAAAAAAACUUCCCGAUGCGACGGGUUGAACUGAACCACACUGGCGAAUAGGAGAAUUCGCAAAAAAAAAAAAAAAAGUUGGUUGAAAGAGGGGAAUCUUGCCACUAAAUCACUUUCCGAUCUGGGAUAUUAAACAUAUACGGACAGAUUCGGGAGUUUAUUGGAGCGCAGCCUGAUGGCGCAAAGGUACGAUGAGCUGGCCCAUUAUGGUGGGAUGGACGGAGUCCCGGCGUCCAUGUACGGGGACCCGCAUGCGCCCCGGCCGCUUCCCCAGGUCCACCACCUGAACCACGGACCGCCGCUCCACGCCAGCCAGCACUACGGAGCUCACGCUCCCCACCCGAACGUUAUGCCCACCAGCAUGGGCUCCGCUGUCAACGACGUUUUAAAGAGGGACAAAGAUCAAAUUUACGGUCACCCUUUAUUCCCACUGCUCGCGCUGGUUUUCGAGAAGUGCGAGUUGGCGACGUGUACUCCGAGGGAGCCCGGCGUAGCGGGCGGCGACGUCUGCUCCUCAGACUCCUUCAACGAGGACAUCGCAGUCUUUGCCAAACAGGUCCGAGCGGAAAAGCCUUUAUUUUCAUCAAAUCCAGAGUUGGAUAAUUUGAUGAUACAAGCCAUACAAGUAUUACGGUUUCACCUCUUGGAGCUAGAAAAGGUGCACGAGCUGUGCGACAAUUUUUGCCACCGGUACAUCAGCUGUUUGAAAGGAAAAAUGCCAAUAGAUCUAGUGAUUGAUGAGCGGGAUGGCAGCUCGAAGUCAGAUCACGAAGAACUUUCGGGGUCGUCGACUAACCUUGCAGAUCACAACCCAGCUUCCUGGAGAGACCACGAUGACGCCACCUCCACACACUCAGCUGGCACACCGGGGCCCUCCAGCGGGGGACACGCUUCACAGAGUGGCGACAACAGCAGCGAGCAAGGAGAUGGCUUAGACAACAGCGUUGCAUCGCCUGGCACAGGGGACGACGAUGAUCCGGACAAGGAUAAGAAGAGGCAGAAAAAGCGCGGCAUUUUCCCCAAGGUGGCCACAAACAUCAUGAGGGCGUGGCUCUUCCAGCACCUCACGCAUCCAUACCCCUCUGAAGAGCAGAAGAAGCAGCUAGCCCAAGACACGGGCCUCACCAUCUUACAAGUAAACAACUGGUUUAUUAACGCCAGAAGAAGAAUAGUACAACCUAUGAUUGACCAGUCGAAUCGAGCAGGUUUUCUUCUUGAUCCUUCAGUGAGCCAAGGAGCAGCGUACAGUCCAGAGGGCCAGCCGAUGGGCAGCUUCGUGCUGGACGGUCAGCAACACAUGGGGAUCCGACCAGCUGGUCUGCCAGUCAUGCCAGGGGAGUAUGUACCUCAGAGCAGUCCUAUGGGCAUGAGCAUGGGCCCACCCACCUACUCCAACCCUCAUCAGAUGCCUCAUCAACCUUCACACCUCCGACCCGGACCACCGCCGCCGCGCCACCACGCGUACCUUCCCGAUCAUCCCCACGCCGCCCACACCAUGCUGAUGCACGGAGGACCCUCGUUGCACCCAGGAAUGACCGUGUCUGCACAGAGACCCCAUUUGCUCACUCCCAUCGACCCCAGCGCCGGAGGACAUGGCCUGGACAUCCACGCCCAAUAGUAAAGGGACGAAAACAGCAGCUACGACAACGAACACUUCCAAAAUAAUUGAAAAAAAAAAGGAGGAGUUAAAAGAAGAAGAAAGCAGCCCACUACAAAUCCUAUUUUGAGACUAUUUUUAAGAAUAAAAGUAAACCCUUUUGAGCAGAAUUUGACACUAAAGAAACAGAAUUCCAGACGAGCUGUGAUUCUUUUUUUUAAAUAUUGUCAAUUUUGUUACUUUCAUCCAAAAAAAAAAAAAAAAAAAUGGAGGACCAAGCUGACAAGAACACUUUGUAAAGUCUUGGGCUUUUGGUAAAGAUCGACGCGAGAUGUUUUGACAUAUAAAAAAAAUAAUAAUUAAAAAAAAAAGGAUAAAAAAAAUCAUGCGACGGACGGACAGACUCGCAUGGUGGCGAAACCCACGCAGACACACACACUCUCUUUUUGGCACACGCCAUCACACACAGCCACACACCCGUGCGCGCGCAUUUUCAUGUGACACGCACUUUCAAAAUAAGAAUAAUAUCACCCCACAGAAGAUCGAGGAAAAACAAACAACAACGACGACGACGAGAAAAAAGAAACAAGCAGAAAGACUCCAAGAGUUAUAACUACUGUAGUAUAAAAAGUAUAGAUAAAUAAGUUAAAACUUGUGCAUUUUUUUUUUGUUGCGUUUAUUUUUUGUUUGUUUGUUUUUUGUUGACCACAUGUUUUAUGUUGCGCUAGUUUUAGAAUUAAAGGUUAACCUUUUUUUACGCUCUCUCACACUGUGUGUGCUCCUUCCUGGAGAAGAAACUCUCUCGCAGCACAACACUAAACAUGGGGGGGGGGGGGGGGGGGGGGGGGAUAGUAGAAAAAACAAUAUGAAGAUGGAACAUCUCAACAAGGCUUCAAACCACAGAGGGGCAAUCAGGUCCCCCCCCCCCCUUCCUCCUCCUCCUCCUCCUCCUCCCUAAGAACAAGGCAUGAUGGGAAAAGGCUGCUAAAGGAUUCAGUUUGAACAUUUGUCAUGCCCCUCUCUCUCUCUCUCUCUUUUUUUUUUCCUCUUUUGGUUCAUGGAUGAAUGUUUGCCCUGUAGGUUUUAAAGGAGGAAAAGGUUCCUUGUUUGACUUGCCCAAGCACUGGAUUGUGUUGGAUUUUUUUUUUUUUUUUUGUAAAAUUUUUUUUUUAAUUAUUAUUAUUAUUUCAACAUUGUUUUUUGUACCCUGGACUCUCAUUGGUUAAGAGCCUUCGGAAGGAAAUCUGGAGAGCAAACGCCCUGCAGUGCUUCUUCACCUGCCGGAUUGACACAAUUUUGCCAUAAAGGACAAUUCUGACGUGGAUGUUGAUUCUGUUGGCGCCGGAGAAGCAUUUGAUGGUUGAUGCACCAAAAAAAAAAAAAAAAAAAAAAAAAACAUAAACGGGGGGAAUAAAAAGAAAAAGCUAUAAAAAAACAAAAAAAAAACAAUAAUAAUAAUAAGAAAAAAAUAAAAAUAACAACACUUAAAUUAUGAACUCAAUGCUUUUGGGAGGAAAAAAAAGAAGCGGAGAGAAUAUUGUAACAAACUUCGUACAGAGUUCAGUCUAUUAAUUGUUUCAUGUUAGAUAUUCUAUGUGUUUACCUCAAUUGAAAAAGAAUGUUUUUGCUAGUUUCAGAUCUGCUGUGGCAUUGAUAUUGUAUGUCCAUGAAUUCCUUCCUUUUUCAGCACGUGUUCCUCACUAGAUGAUAAGAUGCCGUCUCCCUUAAGCUUUGUCAGAAAUACAUUAAAUACUUGUAUGAGGACUGUGACGUAAUGUUUAAAAGGUGUUCAGUCACAAAUGCUGUAAUAAAUAUUUCAUUUUUUGGA